UGAAAUUGUAUCCACGAAAACCCACUAAAGUCAUUCUCUUCACCAUGGCCACUUUUCUCUGUUUCCUUUUUUUCUCUUCUGUAGCCCUGUCUCUCGUUCUAGUUUCGGUCACAGCAGAAUCCCUCGAACGUGAUUUCUUGCGUCAUAAAAAAGAGAAGCUAACUCAUUUUAGAGUGUAUUGGCACGACAUCUUGGACGGCAAAGAUCCAACUUCUGUCUCAAUAAUGAAUCCUCCGAAAAACUACACGGGAGCAACUGGCUUUGGCCUCACUCGUAUGAUUGAUAAUCCAUUAACGUUGUCCCCGGAGUUAAGCUCCAAAAUGGUUGGAAGGGCACAAGGGUUUUAUGCAGCCGCAUCUAAAGAAGAGGUGGGAUUGUUGAUGGCUAUGAACUUCGCGAUUCUGGACGGAAAGUACAGUGGAAGUACGAUCACACUGUUUGGACGAAACUCUGUGCUUGAUAAAGUGAGGGAGAUGCCAGUGAUCGGAGGCAGUGGACUUUUUCGAUUUGCUAGAGGUUAUGUUCAGGCAAGAACACAUGUAUUUGAUAUCAACACAGGGAACGCUGUUGUCGAGUAUAAUUGUUAUGUUUUGCACUACUAAUUAUAUUAUUGUGGUUUAUUAUAUGUAUUUUUCCUGAAACUAUUACACUCUAUGGCAGUUUUCUAGUUUGAUAUUACA